ACUCGAAGUGCAGAGAAGAAACGACUGGAUUCCAGCAUCGUCUCGAUUCAACGCCCCGGACUGCGGUCUUCCGUCAAACACCAGAGUCCACGGCAACUCAUGUAACGGCGAAGAAAGCAGCACAAGCCCGCUCGCGAGCUACUUUUGGGAGGCGUUCUGCGGCGUGUUCGCAUCUCCCCCACUCCCCCGCUGCUGGUCAAUGCAGUUUUCCGCAGGCCCUCUUUUCCUGUGGCUGAGAACCCAGCAGCACCAGCAGCAUGUCCCACGUCUCCUCCACAGCCAAGCGCUAUGCUGGUCCGUCCUACACCAGCCACUACAGCUCCCCCUUAACCCCGAGCCUUAGCUCCUACGGCGAGCGGAACAGGUUGUCCUACAAGUCCCCUGCCUCUUCUACCUCUUCCUCAGGUUACACCUCUUCCAGCUAUCUGAGCAGCACCACGGGGCGCAGCCGCAACUACAGCACCUGCCUGGACCCAGACCGAGGCCGGGUUAUCCCACGGACGGACAUCCUUGGAAGUAGCAGCAACCGCCGCAGUGAAAGCCUCAGUCGAACCCCUGUCAAGAGCUAUGCAGGUUCUGGACUUAGUGGGGGGUCAGCCUACACAACAUAUAGUUCCUACUCUUCCCCCUCAGUGCAGUCCAGCUACCUCUCCUCUUCACCGGUGGCCUCCAGAAUGUCGCUUAAUCGACGAAAAUCAGCAUCCCAGAGUGACUUAACCAAGGAAUUGGCCGCUCUGGGCCUCAAUGACAUCUCCCCCUCCUCCUCCAGCCCGUCUUCCUCCUCCACUGCCCAGAGGAGCUAUCGCACUCGGACCAGUGAGGUGGCUAACACGUAUGGCACUAACUCCUCAGGCUUGGCACGGAGCUCAACUCAGGAGACCCUCCCAUGGAGCUCCACCAAGGAGGGCAUCGGUAACAGCGGCUGCAGCAGAUCAUACAAUUCGUCCGCGUGGGAGCCAAGCACAAGUGGUGUAUCCAUGUCCCCCACUAGGGACUCUACAAACUCAAAAAGUGCCCAGGGACUGGUGGGACUGAAAAACCUGGGAAACACUUGUUUCAUGAAUAGUAUCCUGCAGUGUCUCAGCAACACACACAGCCUGCGAGACUACUGCCUGCACAACUCGCACCGCAGAGACCUUAAUAACAACAGCCGCACCAACACAGCCCUCAUGGAAGAAUUUGCCAAGCUGAUACAAACAAUGUGGUCGUCAACCAGCAGUGAAGCUGUCAGUCCGUCUGAAUUCAAAACACAGAUCCAGAGAUACGCUCCUAGAUUUGUGGGAUACAACCAACAGGAUGCUCAAGAGUUUCUGCGCUUUCUGCUGGACGGCCUGCACAAUGAGGUCAACAGAGUCACAGUCAGGCCGAGAGGCACUGUCGAAGAUUUUGAUCACCUACCGAACGAGGAGAAAGGGAAGAGGAUGUGGAGUAAAUACCUGGAGAGAGAAGACAGUAAAAUUGUUGACUUGUUUGUUGGGCAGCUCAAGAGCUCUCUGACUUGUAGCCACUGUGGUUUCUGCUCGACUGUCUUUGACCCUUUCUGGGAUCUGUCCCUGCCUAUUGCCAAGAAGGGCUACGGUGAGGUGAGCCUCAUGGACUGCAUGCGGCUCUUCACCAAAGAAGAUGUCCUCGAUGGAGAUGAGAAGCCAACGUGCUACAAGUGCAAAGCUAGAAGAAGAUGCACCAAGAAGUUCACAAUACAGAAGUUCCCCAAGAUCUUAGUGCUGCACCUCAAACGCUUCUCGGAAGCAAGAAGAACCAGCAAACUGUCAACCUUUGUCAACUUCCCUCUGAAGGAUCUUGACUUGCGAGAGUUUGCCUCCGAAAACAGCAUAAAUGCAGUGUACAACCUGUAUGCUGUGUCCAACCACUCAGGCACCACAAUGGGGGGUCACUACACAGCCUACUGUCGCAACCCAACAUCUGGGGAGUGGUACACCUUCAACGACUCUAGAGUAACGCCAAUGUCCUCCAGCCAAGUGCGCAGCAGCGACGGCUACGUCUUGUUCUACGAGCUGGCCUCCUCCUCGCGCAUGUGAAGCCUCGCAGACGACGGCAGCGCUGCUCUCGACAGACAGUCGGAUGGAAAAUGUGUGACAACACGCGCACGAAGGCUUGCCUCCGCCAGGAUGGAGGCUGCUUCUCUCAGCAGAGAGGGUGGGAAAAGGGAUCCGCAAGAAUGUGGUCACCAGCCCAGCUUUCGACGUCCUUGUCUGUACUCUCGCUGACAUUUUCAUGCAGGGUAGAGGUGUGUGUGUGUGUGUGUGUGUGUGUGUGUGUGUGCGUGUGCGUGUGCGUGUGUGUGUGUGUGUAUUUGUGUGUUAGACAGACACAGGGCAAUAAUCCCAUUCACCCGAGGAACCCAUGCACCUCCAUCUCCCAAGUCUCUAUGCACCACAAGCUCGACUCCUGACUGCGCCUUCACUUUUUCUUGGUUGCCUCAAAACCUCCUUUCUGCUUUUCAAUAUUUUUGUUGUCAUUUUUGUUACUUGAGGUUGGUAAAUCACCUUAGUCUAAUCGUCUUUACUGCCAUUUUAGACUUCAGCAGAACCGUCAUCAUUGCGUAAUUGUAACAGGACUGGUCACGAUUACGAGCCGCUCGCAGCCCACCGGCCACUUCGACUGCACCAAAACACUCUUUUGUCUUUGUCAGCAUCAUCGCCACUUCUUUUCCUCUAAACAUGGCUGUGAGGCCGA